AUGGUUGUGAAAGUGUUGGUUAUGGGUAUGGAAGUUCCAUAUGUGGAGGGGGAGGAUAUUGCUCGGGAAGGGGAGGAUGUGGAUCUGGGAAGAGGAUGGGGAUACCAGGAUGUCCAUUACAAAGGCAAUGGUGGCACCUGUGGAAGCGUGGGAGGUGCCUUGGACAGGAGCUGCAGAAGUGGAGGUCUUUGCUGGGUGCACAUCAACAAGGGCCUCCUGCAGCCCCUUUGUGUCAGGAUGGACCCUGGAAUCCGGUGCAUCCAACGGCAGGAGAGGGAGCAGAUGAAGAGCCUCAAUAACCAGUCUGCCUUUUUCAUUGACAAGGUACAACGCCUGGAGCAGCGCAACAGGGAGCUGGUCACUAAAUGGGACCUCCUCCAAAAGCAGGUCAUGCCACCCCAGAAGAACCUCAAGCAAGUCUUUGAGAGCUUCAUUUGCAGCCUGAAAAGGCAGCUGGACUUGCUCCUGCAGGAGAGGAGGCAGAGGAAACUUGAGCAGAAUGACAUGGAGAAGCUGGUUGAGGAGUUGAAAUGCAAAUGUGAGCAAGAAGUGAGCAGGCACACAGCUGCCAAGAAGCAGUUCAUGCUACUGAAGAAGGAUGUGGAUUGUGACUAUCUGACCAAGGCAGAGCUGGAUGUAAAACUGGAAAACCUAAAGCGGGAAAUAGAGCUCCUGAAGUGUGUGUUUGCUCAGGAAACUGCUGAGUUGGAGAGAAGUCUCUGUGAUGCAUCUGUCAUUGUGAAAAUGGACAACAGUCGAGGCCUUGCUGUGGAGGGCAUCCUCAAGAGCAUUGAGUGCUGGUAUGAGGACCUAGCUCAGAAAAGUAAGGCAGAGUUGGAUGCGCUCUACAGAACUAGGUAUCAAGAGCUUGAGGAGGCAAAGGGAAGACGUUAUCAUGAGCUAAAGUCCCACCAGCAAGAGGUUGAAGAGCUGAGUCUGGUCAUGCAGAGACGGCAGUGUGACCUUGACAACAUGAAGAAGCAGGUGUCCUCUCUGCAAACAUCCAUUUAUGCUACUGAGAACCACAGGGACUGUGCCCUGAAAGAUGCCCGGGAGAAGCACGUUGAGCUGCAGAACGCCCUCCAGAAGGCCAAGGAUGAGCUGGCUUGCAUGCUGCGGGAUUACCAGGAGCUGCUGAAUGUCAAACGGGCUCUGGGUAUCGAGAUUGCAACCUAUAAGACUUUACUGGAGGGUGAAGAGAGCAGGUAG